AUGGACAAUCAACGGGAUGGCAUUAACAGAUCAACUUGCAAUGGAAUUUCUGUUCCUGAAAAGAAAAUAAACACUUUAGUGGCUGAAGGUCAUGGGAUACAAAUUUUAAAAGUACUGCAAAGGUUCAGAGAACAAAAUAUUUUUUUUGACUUUAAAAUACUUGUGAAAGAUGAAAUUAUUCCUUGUCAUCGUUGCGUGCUGGCAGCAUGCAGUGACUUUUUCAGAGCCAUGUUUGAAGUUAACAUGAAAGAAAGAGAUGAUGGGAGCGUUACUAUAAGUAAUUUGUCACCUAAGGCAGUGAAGGCUUUUCUUGAUUAUGCCUAUACAGGAAAAACAGAGAUAACAAAUGAUAAUGUGGAAAUGCUCUUCCAGUUGUCGUCAUUUCUUCAAAUUUCACUCCUUUCCAAAGCUUGCAGUGACUUUCUAGUAAAAACUAUCGAUCUUGUCAAUUGUUUACAAUUGCUUUCCUUGUCAGAAAGUUAUGGGUCUGUUCAUUUGUUUGAUCAUACACUAGAAUUUGCACUGCAUCAUUUUUCCUUGUUGCUCAGAUCAGCUGAUUUCUUGGAGAUGAAUUUUGAGAUAUUACAAAAAUGUCUUGAAGCAGAUGAACUAAAUGUCCCUGAGGAAGAAACUGUGCUGAAAGCUGUCCUUCAGUGGACCAAACAUAACUUAGAAACAAGACAGAAGCAUCUGCCUCAGUUGAUUAAAAAAGUGAGAUUACAUCAUUUAUCUGAAAAGACCCUGCAGGACUUUUUGCACUCUGAAGAACAUUUGUUUAAGAGUGCUAAUUGCUUAGUAAUAAUGAAUGAUGCAAUUAAAAGUGUGCAAAAUUCCAGUGGACUGUUUCCAGAUGCUCGCCCUUCAACAACAGAAAAAUAUAUAUUUGUUCACAAAACGGAAGAAAAUGGAGAAAUUAGGUAUACAUUUUGCUAUAAUAUCAAAACUGAUAAAUGGAAAGAGCUGCCACAUACACACAUGAUUGAUCUGCCAGGCUCAAGUUUAUGUAGUUAUGGAGAAAAGAUAUUUAUAACUGGUGGGUGCAAAGGGAACUGCUGUAAGACUAUUAGACUUCAUAUUGCUGAGCCAUUUCAUGAUGCUACUGACCAGACCUGGUGUUACUGUCCAGUCCAAAAUGAAUUCUCUUUGGUGUCACCUAUGAAAAAAACAAGGACAAUGCACACAUCUGUCAUGACCCUAAAUCAGUUGUUUGUAAUUGGUGGAAAAACCCAAGGAGCACAAGACACAAGAAGUCUUUUGGAUGUAGAGUCUUAUAAUCCUCUCUCCAAAGAAUGGAAAUCUGUAAGCCAGUUACCAAGAGGCAUAUACUAUCCAGAAGCAAGUGCAUGUCAAAAUAUAAUUUAUGUCCUUGGCUCUGAAGUAGAGAUUACUGAUGCCUUUAAUCCAUCCCUUGAUUGUUUCUUUAAGUAUAAUGCUAUGACAGAUCAGUGGUCUGAGCUUGUAGCAGAGUUUGGACAGUUCUUUCAUGCAACAUUAAUCAAAGCUGUUCCCGUGAACAGCACAUUGUACAUAUGUGACCUUUCCACCUACAAGGUUUACAGUUUUUGCCCAGAAACUUGUGUUUGGAAAGGGGAAGGAUCUUUUGAAUGUGCUGGCUUUAAUGCAGGAGCAGUUGGAAUAGAAGACAAAAUUUACAUACUAGGUGGUGACUAUGCUCCAGAUGAAAUUACAGACGAAGUGCAAGUCUACCACAGUAACAGGUCUGAGUGGGAGGAAGUCUCGCCAAUGCCAAGAGCUUUAACUGAGUUUUACUGUCAGGUAAUUCAGUUUAACAAAUGCAGGGACCCAUGGUUCUCUCUUUUGGCAGGGUGCUCUGAAGGAUUUUAAAGGUUCAUAAGGUCAAAAUAGCAUACUUAAGUUUUAACUGUUUAAAAGCUGUUUAAAAACCUGUAAGUUUUAUUUAUUUUAACGUCUUCUGUUUAAAAUGUAUUCAGUAGGAUUGUGUAUAUAUAUAUUUUGUUGUUCAUAACUAAACAUCUUAAUGGGAUGAAUUAAGGUUUUUUUUUAUCCUAGUAGAGGGAGUCUAGACACAGCAUUGUCUCAAUUUUCACUUGCUGCACUGGCUUUAGCAAGGGUAAAUACCAAAGAAGCCUUGAUCUUCACAAAGCAUUCAGUCUGAAUAGUUAACCUGAAGAGAGUAGUCAUUUCUACAGUUUGAUUUUUUUUUAAUCUCUUCCUUGUGGCCUGUUUCACUCGUUUCUUGUGCCUUGGUAGUAGCCACACUUGCUGUUUUAAUUCUGGCCUUGUGGUAAGGUAAUCUCUUGAGACUGACACCUUUCUACAAGGAUUGCUGUAUUGUAUGUGGCUCACAUAGUAACUUCUUGCAGCUGUACGGAUAAUUAUCUCAGUAGUGCUACCAACCACAGCUAUGCCAAAAGAGAAAGUUUAACCUAAGUCUUCCAUCUAUCAAGCAAUGCUACUUACUAAGCCACUGUUAAGGUGAACUGGGAGGCACAAGUUUGUAAUAAAACUGCUUCAGUGAACUAAAUUGGAAGAGUCCAUAUAACAGUGUAUAUAAAAUGCUAAGUAGAGAACAGAAAUAAACAAAUCCUCCAUCUGUAUAAAUCAAAAUGGAUGUUUCUGAAGUCAUUGCAUUUUUUUAAAUUGUAAAUAAAAUUUUAACUAAACUAAAACCGUUCAGGAUAUGCACUUUCACCUUGUACCCAACAAUCCAUCUUGGAUGUAGAUAUCACAUGAUAAUCACUACUCUAAAUAUAUUGCUUGAGAAAAUGUUAUGGUAAGCUAAUAUAAUAAUGGUAAAGUUGCAGUGAAACAUUUCAUUUGGCAAAUUUAGCACUCUGCUUCCAAAGUAGAGUUGUCUUUCACAGAAGAAAAAAGUGCUGGUUAAGCAUAUGCAUCUUCCAGUGCCCCAUCCAGCUGCUUCAGACAAGUACUGAGGUCUGAAUUUGCUUUUAUGUGUAAUGUAUGCUGUAGUGACAAUAUAUUGAAAUAGUAAACUCAUGUUACCUAGGAAAAACAGUACACAUUUGUUUAGAGCAUAUACCAUGUCUAAGCAAUGUAAAUUGAACAAAUAAAUAAAAUUCCAGAGGGAAGAUGUUAUAGAUAACUUUCUUGAUAUGUCAAGACAAUCUGGAUAAUCUUAAACAAACAAAACAGUUCAUGUCACCUCUCUGGGUACAUUUUCCCCAUAAUCAAGCACAGUAUUAAUGUCUGAAGUUCACUUUCUUUUUGUAUCAUAUUUCCUUUUCAAAUACUAUACAAGGUCCAAGUUCCAUGACUGUCCUUGUAUAUUGGCAUCAAAUAAUCUUAUGAGGCUAGCCAAGAUUUACCAUGAAAAUUUUCAUAAAAGUGUAACUGAAAAUUAUGUAAAUAUGAAGACUGUUUUUCAAGUGAAAAAUUCUAGUUUGUAUUAAAGUAUAGAUACAAUUCUUUAAAAGGAUAUAUUUUGUUAUAGGUUUAAGACUCCAGCUAACAUUUGCCUUUUUAUUUCUCCUUUCUCAGAUGAUCUCCAAAUUAUUUAAAAACUACACUUGAUCAGAAAGUACUUUACAGUCCUCCCACUAAAAUGCAAGUACCUCAUUGUUAGAACACACCAGCUUUUUGUUAGUUCAAAACAGCUAUAUAGCACAAAUUAGGAAAAGUGCAUAACAUAGUAUGGAGUGUAUAUGCAUUGUCACAACUUCAGUGUUAGGUUUCAUUACAAAUACAGGACCUGAUUCUCUAUUGUUUUGCCAUUUUGGGGCACAUCCAGAUGAGCAUGCAUGUGUAUUUCUCCAAUGCCAAAUAGCAGGGGCACAUAGUCGUGCCCCUGCUAUGUGUCCGUGGGGAAUGCUCGUGCACAUGCACUCUGUCACGCAGGAAGUUGCCCCGGAUGGGGUAGGAAAAACUAGGGCCAGCACCUGGGCUGGCCCCAUCAGCCUUACCUGUGGUUCUUGGGGCUUCUCAGAGCUCUAGUGGUGGCUAUCCAGCACGCGGAACCUGGCUCUUGCUGGCCAGACUCCAGUUUCAGGUGAUGCAUGCUGCCACCACAUGUGCCAGCCCACUUUUUUGACACUAGGAUCUCCCACUGUCAAACCGCCCCUGCAGCACAGUGAACUCCUGCAUGUACAACGCUUGCAGUUUGCAGCACCUCAUACCACAUGUGCACACUUGUCUGGAUGUGUCCUUGUGGUCUUUGCCUAAUAUAAUGUAAGCGUAGAAUUGAUGUAAAAUAAGAAAAAGAAGAGAAAUGUGUGAUUCUCAGUAUAAUAGGUGUGCAUGACUACACAAGACACACAGAGAGAAAUAGAUCUAUAACUUUUUUUCUUAAUUGGAACCAUUAUGGACAACUUACCAAGCUACAGAGUGAGCUUUGAGUAAGAUAGAAGGGCCAUAAAGACUAAUCCGUACAGCACACUCGCAUAACUUGGAUGUCUAAUUUUAAACACUGAAUGGUUCUUUUUUUUCCUGACACUCAAUAGGUAAAUCUCACCAUAAUUUAUAUCUGGUAAUUCCUCAAAUAUUAAUAAUAAAACAUUACUCUUCAUAUAAAAAUAAAUGUAUUCCUUGCAUGUUUGUCUUAAAGCUGUGCUACAUUUUUCAUUCCUAGUAAAUGACUUAGAAAUGUCUUUAAAUCCAAGGAAACAUUUGUAAACAAUAAGGCUUACCUAAGAUUGAGAAUGAAAUUGAGUGAUUUCUUUCAUUACAUUUUCAAUUCAAGAGGGGAAAUAAUACCUAAAAUAUACAUUAAAAGACAUAUGGCAAUAAUAUGGAGUUUUGCUAAUUUAAAAAUGGAUGAUCAGUUUCUCUGCUUGAUUUAUCUACCUGAAUUUAAUCAGUUACACAACAAGAAAAUUUUGCCCACCAUUUCAGGACAACACUUCAGUUAAACAUUUUAAUUAAUGUUAUGCCUAUUCAAUAAGUGUAUUUUAUUUUUUUCUCUGCUACAGAAAGUAUAUGACCUUAGGUGGUAGUUAAAAUAACCCUAGAUUAAAAAUACCCAAAUGGAAUAAUAGGUGUUCCUCAGGCUAGCCUUUGGAUGCACUGAUAAUAUAUAUAUGAUCCAGUUCCAUACCCAUCACAAUUGUAGUCAUGGAUAUUACAAAUUCUGGCUACAGAUACUAAUAAGUCUGAUGAUUCACACAACCCUGAGUGUGGUGGUGACACUAAUACAGGAACUGACUCUGGGAAGUCUUUCAUGAAUUUCAAAAGUUUUCUUUGAGUACAGACUGUUGUAGUGAUCAAGAGAUAAUAUAGUUGUAUUAGUUAAAGUACUUGGUAAUUUCUGUUGCCUCCAGCGAAGUUGAUAUACAAUGACAUGAUUUUUCUAUUGCUGUGCAGUUCUGUUGUGGAGAAAAAUUUAAUUGGCACGUCUGUCUUCAGAGAGAACAGAACUGGACCCAAAUUUAGGCAUGUUACAUUAAAAAACAGGUGUCAUAAUAUAGUUAAGGUCCCACCCUUUUUCAACUCCUUCUAUGAGUAAUCCUUAAUCAUGCAAGUAAUCUCAGUGAAAUAAACAUAACUGUUGAAAUGAGCAAGGAUUAUUUCCAUGAGUUCUAGUUGCAGGAUUAAAUCAUAACUAGUAAAUAAAUGUAUUACACAAUUACAAUAGUUACAAAUUAAUGCAAAUCAUUUGUUUUAAUUAUUUAGUUUGAUAUUUCUAAACUAAAGCACAUUAUUAUUUUUUAAAAGUCAAAAAAUGUAAAUUUAAGUAUUGUACAUCUUUUUGCUGGAUUAUUCUGAUAUUUAUUUGAAAAAUUACUUGCAUGUAAAUGUAUAUAGUCUUUUUGCACUUAUAUAAUGUAACCAAAACAAGAAAUGUUAAAUAUUCACAUACAUUAUGUAAAAAAUAAAAAAUUACAGCAUGAUGAGUAUAAUAUACAUUAAAGUGAUGUCAUGUAAGUGAUUUCUUUAAUACCCAGUUAUUAUUUUAUUGGAUUAUCUUAAAAUUGAAAGAAUGCUACCCCAGUUUUAAGGCAUUUUGGUAACGUAUAACCAAUUUUAAGUUUUGGUAGUUAUCACAAAUGCCAAUAUUAAAAUAUUUUAUGUUGAACCAUUAUGUUUGCAGACUUAGCACAUUUUGUUUUGUAUUUAUUUAAUCAUGUAUUUAUUUUCUGCUUAUAAAUAAAUGUUAGUAACCAGUUAAGCAGGGAUGGGCAAAAUGCAGCCCAUAGGCCAGAUAUGGCCUGUCAGGCCACUCUAUCUGGCCUGUGGGGCCCCUAAAAUAUUUAGAAAAUUAAUAUUUAUCUGCCCCUGGCUGCCUGUCAUGUGGUCCUCAAUGGCUUGCCAAAACUCAGUAAGCAGCCCUCCGCCUGAAAUAUUUGCCUGCCUGAGAGUUAACAGCGGGUUAAUGGUUAGUUGUGUUUGCAGGGGUGCAUCUGCAUUUGCAAUUAGUGCGCAGCACAUUGAGCCAGGUCAGAGCAGGGGAAUCCAGGGGUCAGCCUGCCAGCCCCCUGGCUCAGCGUGCUGCAGAGGGGCUGGCUGGGGCACAAGGGUACAUAAGUGGGGGCCUAGCUGGAAGGCAGCCUCUGCACUGAAGUACCUUCAUGCCCCAGUCAGUCCAGGCAGCAUCUCCAUGUGUACUGCUGCAGGGUGAAAAAACUCCACAGCAGGAUAGUACUUGUAUUUAAAAGUACUAUCCUGCUGUACAGUUAAUUAAUCUACUACGGCCUAAUAGGGGCAUGCAUGUAGAUGUGUGACGCUUAUUGAUCAGCUAAUUAAUCAACUGCACAGUAAAUGUGUAGACACGCCCAAGAUGGGGUUGAUUUAGUGACUCAAAUUUAUGCCUGGUGUGACUCCAUGAGGAAACCUUUACAAAUUGCUCUGAUAAAUAUUGUUGCAUUAUACAGAAAUGGAGACUUGCACAGGAAAGAUGUGUGGCCUAAAUUAUUCAAAGGUGCUUUAAAUAUUGGCUGUCUUGAGAGCUUCAUGAUUUAUUUUUAUUAAAAUCAGUGGAGUUACAGCAGGUGAAAAUUUGGUACAUGUUUCUAUUUGAACAUUUUUCUCACACUGCAUUUUUCCCAAUAUCUGAUAAGAAGUAUAGAUCGGUAACAUUAAUAUGCCAUAGUUUUAUAUAAUGUUGGUGCUCCAAAGUCAAAAAAUAUUACCAAUGAUAUUGCAUUUGCUGAAAUGUUCAUUUUGUGAAAUAAAAUCUGAACAUUUUUAUCUGUA